CGUCCCUUUUUCUGUCCCGCAGUUCUCCGACUCACACCCCAAGGAGAUGGAGGAGGUGUGGUCCACGCUGUGCUCCUGCUGGCCGAACAACCUCAAGGUCAUCAUCCGCUACCUGCUCAUCGUAUCGGGCAUGGCGCCCAACGAGCUGCUGCCUUUUGCCAAGCGCGUGGCGCUGCACCUGGCGCGGGCGCGCCCCGACCGCCUCAUGGACGAGAUGACCACCGAGCUGCAGACGGUGGAGACGCUCUCGUGGCUCAUCGAGCGCACCGAGACGCCGCCCUUCUUCCGGCUCACGUCCGUGCGCAAGGCGUCCUCGCACUCGGCCGAGCAGCCCGCCGAGGCGCCGCCCGCGCACGAGAAGGGCACCAUCCACACCAAGCGGCACAGCGGCGAGGACCCCGCCAAGUCUUGCUGCACCGGGACCGCCAAGUCCGACUCUGCUCUGCGGCCGCGGCCCGAGAAAGGCAGGACGGCCUCCGGGCCGGCGACCCUGCCCGACGAAGGAGUCCCGCCGACCGUCGAGCAGCCCGAGCAGUCCGAGCAGCCCGAGGACACGUACACGCUCUCGAGGAACGUGAACAAGUACGACAUCCCGCAGCCGCACCCGCUGCCCAUGCCCGAGUACGGCGGCUACUUCGCGCCGCUCACCGAGUUCCUCCCGGACUGCACCCAGCCAAGCAGCGGCUUCCACCGGUGCAACCUGGCGGUGAUGCUGCUCACGGACAUCGUGGUGGACGGCGUGGAGGUGGACUGGUCCGUGCACGUGCCCCUCAUGCUGCACAUGCUGUUCCUGGGGCUGGACCACUCGCGCGCCCUCGUGCACGAGCACUGCAAGCAGCUGCUGCUCAACCUGCUCGUCGUCUUGGCCGAGCACUGCGACCACCUGACGGUGGCCAGGAUCCUCCUCGCCGCCAAGACGCAGCAGCUCGCCCUGGGCGUCCCGAAGCCGCAGCUCCCCAUCCACCGGCACAACUUCACGGAGCCCGACGCCGAGUUUGACAGCUACAUGCAGGGUCCCAUUGUGGUAUCGACAACUACAGGGCUCGCACCGGGGGGCAUCAAUGCAACCACAACCACAUCCAGUAGCACAGAUAAUACAAAAACAGUCUCAAUAGUUGGACCCAUCAUGUCAGUGAGCACCGUAAACACUGUGGUUCCUGUGAGCUCUGUUGGUCCAGUUAUUGUGAUUGCAGAGGACAGUUCUGCAUGGACUAGCCCAAAGCCUCUCCCAGGUCCAAAUAUGCCUAUACAAGAUGUAAUAAAGUCACUUGUAGAUUUUCUAGCCUCAAGACAAAAUCAACCAUUGUGGAACUACGAGGAUAUUACUGCAAAAGUAUGGUCAGUGCAUUCUGUGGAACAAUUAGAUAUUUUCCUGCAACAUGUCUUGAGGGUCUUUAGAGAUUCCUUGCCUCAAGCUCUGAUAAGUGAGCGAUGGGCACAAACUGCACUGCAGUUAGGAUUAUCAUGCUCCUCACGACACUAUGCUGGUAGAUCACUUCAAUUGUUUAGAGCCUUGAGAGUUCCAAUUAACUCAAGAAUGCUCUCUGACAUUCUAUCACGCCUUGUAGAAACAGUUGCUGAGCAAGGAGAAGAUAUGCAAGGUUAUGUUACCGAGUUGCUGUUGACCUUAGAGUCUGCAGUAGAUUCUCUGGAAUCAGACUUCCGUCCUCUUGAUUUUAUGAAAGAGAUUUUUAAAUCUACUCCAAAUCUGAACAACAAAGAAACUUCAGUUGUCACAGCUGGUGGAAAACGGAGUCCAGGAGGCGGUGCAACUGGUCUUUUUGGAAAUGGAAACAGUCCACUCACUUGUAGUAUGGGAACGAGUGGUCAUACAAGAAGCACUAGUUACUCUGUGUCCUACAAUAUGCGUAAAUCUAUGCAGUCACCUGCUAAUGACAACAAAGAAAUGCGGGGAAGAGUGAUGUCCGAGCUUGAAUCUCGCUCAGCCGUCUGUGCUGGACUAGGAAGCAAAUAUCAUUCAACAAAUCUUUGCCGUUCUCGGUCUGCUCAGUCACUUAAGCUUCUCGGGGACAGUGCCUCACUGGAUGAUAAGAUGACUAUUUUAGCCCAGCUCUUCUGGUUGGCAGUAUCCCUCUUAGAAUCAGACUUCGAACAUGAAUUCCUUUUGGCUCUAAGGCUGCUCAGUCGAGUUCUGCAUCGCCUCCCUCUAGAUCGGCCUGAUGCUCGGGAUAAAGUGGAAAAAUUACAGGCACAAUUACGGUGGAAUAAUUUCCCCGGAGUACAUGCUCUUCUACUCAAGGGCUCUACUAAUCCUAACACAUAUGAUUCUGUGAUGAGUCUUCUUCCUCAAUUUACUCUUUUGUUGGAUUUACCUGUAGUUGAUCCUACUCAAAGCCUGGCAUUCCCCAUGAAUGUCAUAGCUAUGUUACCAUACCUGUUGCUGCAUUAUGAAGAUGCAAAUGAGCUUUGCAUUAUGAGUGCUGAAAAUAUAGCCCAGGCAUCCACUGAUAAAAGUAAGAAAUUAGAAAAUCUUGCAACUGUUAUGACCCUGUAUAGUCGACGUACCUUCAGUAAAGAGAGCUUCCAGUGGACAAAAUGUGUUGUCAAGUAUCUAUAUGACACAUAUGCCCACCUUGGUCUAAAUAUGCUUGCAUUUUUAGUAGAGGUUUUGGAAAAAGGCCCCUCCUCUGUUCAACUUUCUGUUUUGAGUAUUAUUCAUUGCAUGCUCCACUAUGUGGACUUAGCUGCUGCAGCAGCGCAGCCCAUCAAUGGGGACUUGCUCAGGGUUAUUCACAAAUAUGUUGAGGGACCACAUUGGCGUGAAGCUCUGAAGAUUCUGAAGUUGGUUGUGACACGGUCCUCCACUCUAGUGGCUCCACCUACAGCAACACAUUCUUCUCAUUGGGAAUCCAGCAUGUCUUCACCCCACCCAUCUUUCACUGAUAAUGAGCUCUUUACCAAAAAAGAAUUACCAGGACGUACAAUGGAGUUCACAUUUGACCUGUCGCAAACCCCAUUGAUUGGUCGUCGCCAAGUGAGCAAAGUGGAUGAGAAAGAUGCUGCUGCACCUAGUUCAUCUGUUGUUUCUACCACUUCAACAACUGCAUCAAGUGCAGCAGGGACAGUACCAAGUACUGGAAGCACCGCCAGCACUACAAGUACAGCUGUUGCUCUAAGUGCCUUACCAGGUCCAACUCAUGCCAGCGGUGCGACACCAGGCAGUUCUGCUCUCUCACCUAGGCGUUCUGUAUCAUUAUCUCCUGCAGAUAGCACAAAUAUAGCUGGCUGGAAGAGACCAUGGAUGUCACAAGGUCGUGUGAGGGAAUGUCUUGUCAACCUCUUAACAACUUGUGGACAACGAGUGGGCCUUCCAAAGAGUCCAUCGGAUGGUUUAAUAUUCUCAUACCACAAGGUAAUAUUUAGUCAGAGCUCUGAUUUAAUGGAGAGACAAUCCAGCAUGGCAUCGUCCACUGAAGAGAUGUCUGGUCCAAACAAUGAUCUCUCUGGUGGAUCUCGGAGGGAUGAUGGUGCUGGCACUGAACAGUUUGGAGUAUUCAAAGACUUUGACUUCCUUGAAUAUGAGAGUGAAAGUGUUGAGGGAGAGAGUACAGAUAAUUUCAACUGGGGAGUUCGGCGGCGACCACUCAGCGAAGGUGAAACAGAGGGAGAACAGAGUCUACGUCAGUUAGAAGAAAGUCUCAGUGAAAAGACGCCUGUCCUCAGUAAAAGGAAUAAGAGAAAUGUUUUGGAAGAAUCAUCAGAUGAUGAAGUGGGAUCAGAGUCACCUUUGGAUGAAGUGGCCAUGGCACCUGAGCUUGGAGGCAGUUCCUCUGGAGGAAGUGUUGUUCUAUUUCCACCAUCUUCUCUCAGUCUUCAGCAUCGAAGGCGUUCAGACAAUAGAUCAGAUACUAGUGGAUCAAGUGCAGGGGAUCUGGGUGAUGUAACACCCUGUAAUGCUUCACCAAACUUGUCAGCGUUGAUGACUUUCCGUCCAAUACUACGUGAUGACACUGAAGAGGCAUGGCGAAGGCAUAUUCAAGGUCUUUUGUGCAAAGUACCAGCUUCUCCACUUGAACUGUUUUACCUGUUGCAUCGCCUUGUUCGAGAUGUUAGCAGCAAAGCUGUUCAGCUGACACAUGAAGCAUGCCUGUAUCUUGAACGUGAUUCAGCUGGAUCCGACCUCCGCGCUCAUUUGUUGUCUCUAUGUGACCAACUUGAUGCUCGUGCAAUUGCACCAUUAGUUUGGUUUGCUCCUGAAGUUCUGGACAGUUCUCGUCUCACAGAGGCUCUUCGGUUUGGCUCCUUAGAGGUUCAAGAGCAUCUAGACACAUUUUUGGAUAGGAAGGAUCAUUUGGCCGAGUGUGUUGAUGCAGUACGCGCUAGUGCAAAGCUUGAGCUACUGGGUGAAUCUGGAGGACUUCUAACUAGCAGUGGUGAAUUGGUCCUGGAUUUAGGUAGAGCUCUAUACAAACUUCAUUUCCAACUUGUUAUGGUCUUGGAAGCCGCAAACAGAAUGGUGGGAGCAUUAACUACUGCUGCUGAAACGAAUCAGCUCCAAGAUAUUUCAAGUGAGGUAAUUCAACUAAAGACUGCUUUAGAGGACAAUGUAGAAGGAGAACAGCACACUCCAACCGCCACUCCAUCUUUAAGUCCGUCAGCUACACCUACCCCUCCCCCUGAAGGAGGAAUUGCUCUAAUGGGUGGGAAUGCAGAAAGUACUCUUAUGCAUUUACUUCAGGAGUCACGGUGGACUGCUGCCUUAAGCUGGGCAAAGCAAAAUCGUGGACUAUGGGGAAGUGAAGUGGUACCAGGAUGUUUGGAGGAGGAUGAUGUUAUCAGCAUUCUCAUUAUGUAUUGUAAACACAUCUCCCAUGAUAAGUCGGAUUUGUACGUCACAACAAGGACUGAACAAGAGCUCCGUGCUGCUCUCUCUGGGUUGUUGAAUAGUCUGCUGCAAGUUCUUGAAGCUGUGAACUCUCUUGAGACAGAAGUAAAACUACAACGCCAACAACCACAGCCAAGCAAUAAAAUGGACUGUUGAGUUUGGGGAUACCUUAUCAACAAUUCAAAUGGAAGUAAACCCUAUAAAAUAGUGUUUUACUCAUUACAUUGAUAGAUCUGAUGCAGUGAGGUGAUACUUUUUAUAUACAGUACUUUAUUGUGAUUUCAUAUUUUGUGAUUGUGAAAUAGCUGUAAGAUUCUUUAUUAAUUAAUUAAUAAUCAUAAUUCUUUUGAGGUCUUUGUCACCUUAUGACUGCUAUCAUUACUUCUUAUAUGGUAUUUUAUUCACGCUUAUCCCAAGUUAGUGAGGUGUGUUAGUCAGUGUAAUCUCCAAUUUUAUGUUCUUAUUCUCACCCUUUCCCAGUAGUCAGGGAGGUAGGUUGUUUUCAGCGUACACUCUCUAUCUUUCUAGCAAAGUUUUACUUUAAAUGUGUGAAAGUAGAAGUGGAUGUGAAUAAAGAAGCAGUUUGAGUGCCCUCUCAAUGAACAUGACAUUAGGUAUUUAUUUUAUUGAUUUGUAUCUCAAUGUUCUAGUAUCUCUUUCUGGGAUCAGAUGUUACCUACUGAGCUGAUAAGCUGUGUCAAUGUGUGACAGCACUGUUAAAAACGCACACUGGAUGUUUUUUUAUUGUUUGUUUUUUAAAUGGAUAAUUCAUCCAUUCAAUCAUUAUAUCUCUUAAAUCAUUUUAUCCAUGUACAAUAGAGUAUUUUUAGUGUCUUAUAAUGGAGUACUUCCUGUAAGAACUGAUGAUGACCAAAGACUUAAUAAUAUCAAUUCAGUCCAGUAAUUUUGAAUGUAUUCAAAUUAGCAAAAUUUAAGUUUUUGUCUUUUUACAUUUUUUUCUAAACAAUUGAUCUAUACUCUCUACUCAAUGAAUCUAAGUUAUAUCCUUUUUUUUCAAAAAGGGAUGUCUCAAUGAACUUAGUUCUGCUUUUUAACAAGUUUUCUUCUAACUAUGUAAUUGAAAUGCUUACCAAAGUUGAUGUAAGUCAUAGGUUUUCACUAAAAAAUAGUCUGAUGUAAGUGCAGCAUAGUGUAGCUGCAAGUUACAUUUAUGCAUCAGAUUAUUUUUGUAGUCAUUAUAAACUUGCUGGGUUCAUUGUAAAAAAUAUUGUUUGCUUUAAAAACACCUCUGGUUUUUAGAUUUUUGCUUUAGACAGUUUCAAGAAAACAAGAACACCUAAAAUUAGCAUUAUUACUUUUUGAAAGCUGAUUGAAAUUUCUAUGUUAUAUGUGUUUAUGGUAUGAUGGUGCUUUCCAGCAGUAAUAGUGUGAAAUUUGGUGAAAGUAAAACAAAAUAUCCGAUGAA